CGGAAGCUGCGCGCCGCUCACGCGCGGCGACCCCUGCUCCGCGCCGACCCACCCCGCCGCCCCUCCGCGCGCGCAGAAAAAUCACCAUGGCUUCUUCCAGACUCGGGUUCUGUUUGGCUGCUUGUUUACUAAGUAUUUCAGAAGCCAGAAGAAAAUACAUUGUUGAGAACAUAGCAAAAGCAGCUCUUCUUGAAAGAAAUGGGCAGAAAUAUCCUGAAGUAUCAAUGUUCAGUAUAUCAUUUUCUGAUCAAGACUACAUCAGAUCUGUCAUUACAGUAACAGCUUCUAUUAAUGAGUUAGGCAAUUCUCUUCUGGCUGCCAGCUUGGAGGCCUUUAAUUCUAUCACUGUGGAGGUUUGAGAGGGGAGCCACUCUUGCCUGGGAGCAGUGAACCUCUCUCCCAUUGACCCUCUCUCUGGUGUCCCAGGGGACGAGUGUGGAGCUGUGGCCAGAAGUAAGAGAAAGUUUAGGGCAGUGUAUCACUCCUGA